GGGAAUCGUUCAAUUGAACUGGUUCCAAACAAUUGAAUACAACUCUACUGCACUGCAUAUAUGUGAAAAAUAAAAAUAAAGUUAUAGAAUAAGUAUUGAAAAAGAGCGUUUCUCUUCAAAAGCCAUGUCAAAGUCAAGUGCAGCACGAUGGGUGAAGUUUUUCAAUGCCGGGGGAAUUCCAUCCCCAGCAGCGGCCAGCUAUGCUCACAUAUUUGUUGAGAAUCGCAUACAGGACGACAUGCUUCUCGAUUUGAAUAAGGAAUACUUGCGUGAGAUGGGCAUCACUCCCAUGGGUGAUAUAAUUGCAAUACUGCGACAUGCCAAACAAGUUAGCGACCAGCAUGUACUCGACAAAGUCCUCAUAACAGAGACGCCUUUGCCCAAACUCAAGCCCAAGGGCAAAAACAUUGUUAGUGCAUCUGCUGCAUCGCCUAGCAACAAACUUAUCUCAGCAACAUCAGCUGCAUGCACCAGUGCCAAUAAAGGGUCGCCACCAACAAAACCAGCACGACGCGUGCUACCAGAGCAUGAAGGCAAAUAUAAAGUUACUUUGCCAUCGGGCACAACAGAACGGAGCAAGCAAAUUCUGGCCAAGCGGGAGCAGUUAUACUCAGAUCGCGUUACUAGCACCAAAAAAACUGACGUUUUUGCGCGCUUAAACAAGAGCAAGUGCGAUGAUGAUGCUCAGGAGGGCAUCGUCUCCAGCAGCGCCGAAAGCAACGUGCGCGUGCACAUCACUGGCGUUCAUAAAAUGUCUAGCGGCAAGGUGGCUGCUACCUCUAGCAAUAACUCUGUCUUUGCACGCCUCGGCGGCAAGCAGUCCUUGGAUGCAGUACAGCAGAAUACAGGUCUAGCCAAGGAGAUAAAAUCGAUUUUAAAGAACACCAAAGGCACCACCGGAGGCAGUAGCACCAAGCGUAACAGUUCAAUAGUGAAGGCCAAGAAUACAGCAACGCCAUUGGCGCGACCACAACAGAAGGUAAUGCUAGUCCACAAGGUGCCAUUGAAAUGUGGCGAUGAUAGCGAAGAUGAUAGCAUGGAUGAUGAUGAUUUAGAGGCUGACAGUGAUAUAAGCAGUGAAGGGAGCGAAAGUGAACUGGAUGUUGAAAUGGCAGCACCUACUGAGAAAAUUGUUAAAUUCGCAUCAACAGCGGAAGUGCGAGAAAUUGCUCCACACACGCCAUAUAAGGCGCGUGGCAAUAGCAACUUUGCGCGUAAUAUAAAGUCCCGUUUAGGCAUGGUCUCCAAGCUGCAUGCCACACGUAAAACGUACAAUCUCAAAGCGUCUCCGCCAAAGAAACCUGGCGCGCGCCUCAGUCCUGUUAAAGGAAAAGCAAUACGCAUGCGCAGUGAUGAAUUGCUCACACGACAGGAUACACUGCCGGUGCACAAGCGACUAGGCGCAUCGGCAACCGCCACACAGCCCCCGCCACCGCACCGAAAUCAGCAAAGGGAUCAAAAGCUGCAGUAUUUUGCUCCACGUCGAACUUCGAGCGUAAAUGGCGGCAACAGGCAAAGAGUUCAAUCGAAUUCUGUUUUCGAUCGCUUGGGAUUUAAUAAUUCCCUUUAGGCUUUAAGUCAACCCUAUUAAUUUUUUAAGAGUUCUAUUUAAUUCAGUUUAAAAGUAAUUUUUUGCAAUCAUCAAAUAUAAAGCACCUUAAAAUUAUUG